AAAGGGACAUAACAUAAUGGAGUGGGAGGAACAAGGUUUGAGGAUGUCCUUAGUGCUUGAUAGCGCUUCGGUGCUAAUGCUCACCGCUUCGGCUCUAACGGCUACUGUGCUUUCCUCUAUACUAGAGCUCCUCUUGCAGGUGGCUGCCUUGAAGGGUGAUGUUAAAGAGAACGGAGACGAGGUUGUUGAUGCAGAGGAAGGCAAUGGAAACAAUGAAGACGGUGAUAGUGGUGAUGAUGAUGGAGGGGAAGGGGAAGAGGAAGAAGGUGGUGAUGCAGAAGAAGUAAAGGAGACAAAGAAAGGAUCUGCAAGUGGUCCUGGUGAGAAUGGUGAAGCUGGAGAUGACGAUGACGAUGAACCUGAACAGGGUGACGACGGUGAUGAUGAUGAUGACAAUGGGAACAAUGAUGAUGAUGAUGAUGAGGAAGAGGAGGAUGAAGAUGGUGGGGAAGAAGAUGAAGAAGAGGUGGAGGAAGAAGAAGAGGAAGAGGAAGAAGAUGAGGAGGAAGAGGCGCUACAGCCACCAAAGAAGAGGAAGAAGUAAACAACCCAACCACGCUUUGAUCUUCUAACAUUUUAGAUUCAAAAAAUCAAAAACUUCUUGUGGGUUUCUACCUGAAGAGAAUCUUAAGGCAUCACCAGCUUCUUUGGCUUUCCACUGUAAUCUCUGUUGUUCCAUGAAUCAAAAAGACCUUUGUUUA